AUGUAUGACAACAUCUCUGAUUUCACAAGAUAUGAUGACGACCAUGACCCCGAACACGGUGAAGAAGAAGUUUUACAAACAUCCAUUAAGACAGGAAAGGUUUUAACACAAAGUCUCAUUAUUGACACCAAAGAUGGCGAAGUGGACGUUCUUCAAGAGCUGAAGAAAAAUACUUCUUCGGGAGGUGGUGGUAGGCAUGAACUUGAAAUAAAUGAGAUAGAAGAGAAAUUAGCCGAAAAAGCAGAUAAAAACCAUGUUCAUUAUAUAAGUUCAGACGAACAGAUUAUAACGGAUUAUCAUGGAUAUUUAACACAGGAUGAAGAAGUGAAGACGAAAGAUGUUAAUGAAAGAAGAUAUAAAUUUAUUCGUGCUAAAGGUUAUGACAUACACUGUACUGUACAGUAUGACACGGGUAAAGCACCAGAAGCAUUUGGUUAUAACAAUGAAAUUUAUGCUUCAUACUUCUUUGUUAACGGUGUAUUAGUUGAACCAAGAUUUACAUUGAGAGUUAAGGCAAAAAUAACUUUUGAAGAUGCUAUUAAAAGUAAAGCUGACAAAGAUGAACUUGACGCAAUGAACAAAGUUUUGAAAUCUCAUAAACACAAUAUCUCCGAUAUAAAUGAACUUCAAGCUACAUUAAAUAGUAAAGCUGAAAAGAACUAUACACAUAAAUCCUUCACUACUGUUAGAGCAGACGACAUAAUAUUGAACUAUACCCUUGGUUCAAGUGCACCUUUAGAGAAUCCAAGUACAAGCGUAAAAGAUACUCUUAACAAUUUAGAUAACAGAUGUAUGAACAUUGAAGGUCAUGCCAGAAACUUUGAAGCAUAUGAACUACCAACAAUGUUAGAUAAGAAAGCCGACAAAACAGAGCUUCAAACAUUAAAGACUCAGAUUCUUGAAACCAUAUAUCCUAUAGGCUCUAUUUAUACGUCAAUGAACUCAACAAAUCCAGCAAGUGUUUUAGGUUUCGGUACAUGGAAGCAGAUUGUAGACAAAUUCUUAUAUUGUACUAAUAGUUCAAAACAAGCCGGUGGUUCAAAGAAAAUUAAAGAAGCAAACUUACCUGCGCACACUCAUACAGGAACUACAAACUUUUCUGGCGACCAUAGCCACUCAUUAAGAGACCACCCAUUAUACAACUCAGACUAUGAAGCUGGCAAUGACGUUUUAUCUCCAUCUUAUAACAAUUCAGCAAAAAAGACUUUUCGACCAACUGAACCAGGAGGAAAUCAUGUCCAUACUUUCACAACAAAUCCAACAGGCUUGGGUAAAGAUUAUAUGCCACCAUUUGUGACUGUAUUCGCAUGGUACCGCGUUCAAUGA